UUAAGUCUAGAAAAGCAUAAGGAUGAAAUUGAAAACAAUUAAACUAUGAGAAUAGAGGAAAAAUAUCAGUAAAUUUAAAAGGGCAGAAAAUAAAUUAGUUUUAAAACCCAAUGCCAAAAGUCAACAAGUCAACCUCCUUCAAGUCUUUAACCACUCCUCAUUCGUUCCACUUUCCAGCCAUGGACAAGAAGAUUUGAGGAGUGAGAAGAAUUGUUGCCCAAAAAACAUUUGUCUUGCAUCGAUGAUGAUUUGCCUCCUGUAAUGUUGACUCUAUGGGAAAAGAUGGAAAAAGCGUUAUCGUUGCUUAAAGAUUAAAAAUUCUUUAGGAAUCGGCCCGCAAAAUCUCCCUUACCCUCACUUGUGCGUCCCAAAUUCUACGCAUCUUGAAUAUCUUCAACUGGAGGGUCGGAAAGGGCUUUCAUGUCCAGAGCUUUUUGCUCGGGAAUGGAAUUGUGGAUUUCCAGAAUGGACUUCAAAUGUACGUUAUUACAGACCGAGUGAAUACUCACACAUAUCAGAUGCCAUCUCUUGUGGAGUAAGGGGUAUUAUCGCCUUUCCGGUCUUUGAUUCUGCUGCACCCAUCCAUUGCCGUGCUGUGCUCCAGCUUGUGACCAUGGAGGAGAAAAAGGAUUUUGAUUUAGAGACGGAAAAAGUUUUCCAGGCUCUCCAGGCUGCUGAUUUACGGAUCAAUUUACAACCUCGACUUCGUCCUGAGUGUUUUUCAAGGGAUCAAAGAGCUGAGUUCACAGAAAUCGCUAAUGUUACCAGAGCUGUAUGCCAAACACACAGAUUGCCACUUGCUCUGACAUGGAUUCCUUGUGAUUAUCACCUGGGGAGCUGUUAAUGAUAUUUCAAGAUUGCGUGUCAGAUUAGGUAAU